AUGGCAGACAGGAAGAAUCAUCGGCUAGGAGCAGGAGCACCUGCAGGACUCUCGGGAAGUGUAACUAAUGGAGGGACGACUGCAGGAGGUCUAGCGGCCACUGCUGCUGUUGGUGCUACUGCCACACGGAUAUUGUCAAUGGACGACCCUCUGGACGAGUUUGCAGUCUGGAAGAACAUUCAGGUCGAGCUUCAACGCCUGGCCGACAUCAGGGACAGGAGUGAUGACAUCAUCCUCAACCUCGACAAAGUCCCCGAAGGUGAAUAUUUACACAACCUAUGGGAACAACAUAGGCACCUAGGGAUCAUCCAAAGGGCAUUGGAGGGCGUGAACAUUCUGAUAACUUUGCGCGACAGCGAUGCCAAUGCGGACAACUCACCAGAAGGAAAGAGAAAGAAACGUAAGAUUGAGGCAGAAGGACUCAUCUCCAACUCAAAAAAGAUCCGAAGAUACUCUGCUGCAGACACGAACGGGAUCAUACCUGUUGGACAUCAGGUGGCAGCAAGGACACCAAAGGACAAGAACAAAGUGGAAGAAUGGAUCCUGGCUCGGGUUUUGUCAUACUCAUCUGAGAAGAAAUAUGUUGUGGAAGAUGAUGAGGCUGACGACUAUGGCAAGAAGAUGACGUACACGCUGAGCGCAAGGAGUGUGAUUAUGAUUAUGGACGAUCAGGAGGCAGUUCCCGAGUUCCCCACUGGGCACACCGUACUGGCAUUAUAUCCCUCGACGACCUGCUUCUACAAAGCCAUCGUCGUCCGUCCACCGUCCAAGGACUCUGGUCACUCAAUCCCAUUGUACACCAUCAAAUUCGACGACGACGAGGGCAAUGAGCGGACAGCUCCUCCCAAGAUGGUUCUGGAUAUGCCAAAGCUGAAGUAA